CCAAAUACAAAGAUCCAGGCUGUCCAACCAUUACAUGCAUCAUAGGAAGUCAAAAGGUUGAUCGGGCACUCUUGGAUUUAGGAGCUAGUGUCAAUUUGUUGCCAUACAGUGUGUAUCAACAGUUGGGAUUAGGUGAGCUUAAACCCACUAGAGUGACCCUUCAGCUGGCUGAUCGAUCAGUCAAAGUUCCACGAGGAAUUGUGGAGGAUGUUCUGGUACAAAUCGAUAAGUUCUACUUUCCAGUGGACUUCAUCGUUUUGGACACCCAGCCGCAUCAGGGGCCUCAACCUCCUGUGCCAGUCAUCUUAGGUCGACCAUUCCUUGCCACAUCAAAUGCCAUCAUCAACUGUAGGAAUGGUGUGUUAAAGCUAUCUUUUGGGAACAUGACUGUAGAAAUGAAUAUCUUCAGGGUAGCCAAACAUCAGGACACUGAGAGUGAAGUGGAGGAGGUAGACUUGAUCCAAACACUGACCAAUGACUGUUUUGAAGAGUUCAUGAGAAGACCCAAAGAAGGAAAUCAAGAUCUUGAAGAAAUAAAAGAAGUGGAAGUCAUAAGCAAAGAAAGUGAGAAGCCUACAUGGAUGCCUGGUUUAGAGCCAUUAAGAAACUUGGACAGUAAGCUCAUGGCUCCUGAUAGCCAUCAGUCCACGCCUGAGAGAAAGCCAUUGCCCAGUGAUUUGAAGUAUGUCUUUCUAGGAGAAGGGGAAGCAUUCCCAGUGGUGAUCUCUUCAAGUUUGACACCUCAGCAAGAGCAACAAUUGAUAGAAGUUCUAAAAGCACACAGGAAGUCAUUAGGAUGGACCAUUUCAGAUUUGCAAGGUAUUAGCCCUUUGAUAUGUACUCAUAAGAUAUUUUUGGAAGAAGGAGCAAAACCAGUUAGGCAAAUGCAAAGGAGAUUAAAUCCCAACAUGAAAGAAGUUGUCAGAAAAGAAGUGCUUAAGCUAUUGGAUGCUGAAAUAAUUUACCCAAUCUCUGAUUCUAAGUGGGUAAAUGUUCCGUUUGAAUGGAGUCCUGCCUGUCAAAAUGCUUUUGAUAAAUUGAAAGAUGCACUCAUUUCAGCACCUAUCAUUCAGUCCCCUGAUUGGUCCCUCCCGUUUGAACUUAUGUGCGAUGCUAGUGAUUAUGCGGUAGGAGCUGUGUUAGGGCAGAGGAAGGAUAAGAAACCUCAUGUGAUAUAUUAUGCUAAGUUCAACAUUGAAAUCAGAGACAAGAAGGGAGUAGAAAAUGUGGUGGCUGACCAUUUGUCAAGGAUUCCAAGUCAAGAUCUCACACAAUUUGAUGAACCAAUUCAUGACAAUUUCCCUGAUGAGCAACUGUUUAAAGUAAAUGUUAUUCGUGCAUCAUCUGUUGUCCCUUGGUAUGCCGACAUUGCGAACUACCUGGCAACUGGUCUGAUCCCAGACCAUUGGAGUAAGCAAGAUAGGCAUAAAUUCUUCAGAAAAGUCAGAACCUUCUUUUGGGAUGAGCCCUACCUCUUCAAGUAUUGUCCUGACCAAAUCAUCCGUAGAUGCAUACCCGAUCAUGAGCAACAAAGUGUCAUCAAUUUCAGUCAUACUCUUGCAUUUGCUGUUGACUAUGUGUCCAAAUGGGUAGAAGCAAUCCCGGCCAGAACAAAUGACCAUAGGACUGUCGUGAAAUUUUUGAAAGAAAACAUAUUCAGUCGAUUUGGGAUGCCACGAGCAAUCAUCAGUGAUGGGGGUUCCCAUUUUUGUAAUAAAGUUGUGGCAGGAUUAAUGAAGAAAUAUGGUGUACUGCAUAAGGUUGCAACACCAUACCAUCCCCAAACCAAU